CCGCUUACACCAAUCCUCUUCCCCGUCUCUCCCUCACCUUCAUCUCCCCCCAUCACCAUGUCCGGGAACCCUAGGGAUCAGUUGCACAAGCUCCAGAUGGCCCUCCAAAACCGCCGCGGCGGUUUUGGUGGCGGCUUCGGUGGUGGUAAUCCUCGUGCCGGCAUGGGCCUCGCUACUUUGUUCCUCACUGGUCUUGGAGUAUAUGCUGUUUCCAACUCGAUGUUUAACGUUGAUGGUGGUCACCGUGCGAUCAAGUACUCCAGAGUAGGUGGUGUCAAGAAGGAAAUCUACAGUGAAGGAACUCAUCUUCGGAUUCCCUGGGUCGAAACUCCUAUUAUCUACGAUGUCCGCGCAAAGCCGCGCAAUAUUGCUUCCCUUACCGGUACCAAGGACUUGCAGAUGGUGAACAUCACCUGCCGUGUCCUGUCCAGACCCCGUGUCGAUGCCCUCCCCCAAAUAUACCGUACCCUGGGACAGGACUUUGACGAGCGUGUGCUUCCGUCGAUUGUGAACGAGGUUUUGAAGAGCGUGGUGGCACAAUUCAACGCCAGUCAGUUGAUCACUCAGCGUGAGAACGUUGCCCGCUUGGUCCGGGAGAACCUUGCUCGUCGGGCUGCUCGCUUCAACAUUGCCUUGGACGAUGUGUCGCUUACGCACUUGACCUUCUCCCCCGAAUUCACCGCCGCCGUCGAAGCCAAGCAGGUUGCUCAGCAGGAAGCCCAGCGGGCCGCGUUCCUGGUCGACAAGGCCCGCCAGGAGAAGCAAGCAUUCAUUGUGCGCGCUCAGGGUGAGGCUCGUUCAGCCGAGUUGAUUGGUGACGCCAUCAAGAAGAGCAAGAGUUACAUCGAGCUGCGGAAGAUCGAGAACGCCCGCCAUAUCGCCCAGAUCCUGCAGGAGAACGGUGGCCGGAACAAGCUGUACCUGGACAGCCAGGGACUGGGCUUGAACGUCAACGCGGGCUCCGACGACACGAAAUAAGCGGAUGGAUGAACCGAUGGAGAGCAAUGGGGACUUUGUUAAUGGUGUAGCAAGACAUGGCGCUAUGAAGAUCGUCCGACAGGACGACAGGUGAAUGGAAUCGGGUACUUGUACAAAUAGUUAUUCUCAGGUUCGAGCAACGGCGAUCAGUUUCUCUUCUCUUCUACAUAAGUCGGGUGAUUACAGUCAGUGUAUGAAGUUAUCGUGUAAUAUGGAUGUGCCGUAGCAGCGGAGCUGCGGCGGGGACGAAUGCGGC